UCAACAUAACAGCAACACACACAGUCACUUAGGCAGUGUUCCUUCAGACGGUCACCCGGAGUGUAGUUUUAGACAGUUAAAUAUCAGUAUAAGUGCGUCUAUAAGGACUGAUAACUACUUCACUGAAAGAUCAGGAUUACUGUAAAGAGAAGAAUGGUGAUGAGUGAGGAGAUUUAUGUAAAUGCAGAAGGUACAGCGGACGACGGAGCUGAUUCUAGUGGCGGUGAGAACUCUUAUGAAGAUGUUUAUGUGAAUGAGGACAAUUUGGAAACCCAGAGGACCGGAAGUUUCAAGCAAUCUGAUCGCUCAGGAUUAAACGCCAAAGGAGGCAGGUGUUACAGACUGACUGCAGUGUGUGUGCUGCUGCUGUGUGUUUUUCUGCUGACUGCCAUCAUAGUGCUGUGGAUCAAAUUCACCAACCUGAAUAAACAGAUAGACCAGUUACAGACCAGUUACGACAACCUGACUAUAGAGAGAGACCAGUUACAGACCAGUUACAACAACCUGACUAUAGAGAGAGACCAGUUACAGACCAAUUACAACACCCUGACUAUAGAGAGAGACCAGUUACAGACCAGUUACAACACCCUGACUAUAGAGAGAGAGCAGUGUCAGCCUAGUAUCAUGUUGACUACAGGAUGGAUACUCUUCAACUCCAAUCUUUACUACAUCUCUACCGAGAAGAAGAGCUGGACUGAGAGCAGAGAGGACUGCAGAGAGAGAGGAGCAGACCUGGUGAUUAUAAACAAUGCAGAGGAAUGGGAGUUCAUCAUUAACCAUCUGGGCAACAUUAAUCGGGCUUGGAUUGGUCUGAGUGACAGAGACACAGAGGGAGAGUGGAAGUGGGUGGACGGGACAGAAUUGAAGAGCGGCACUGAGUACUGGUACGGGGGUGAACCGAAUAAUCAACAUAAUAAUGAAGACUGUGCUGAGAUCUGGACUUUUCCAGAUAAGAAGGCCUGGAAUGACAGACCAUGCUCUGAGAAACAAUGGUGGAUCUGUGAGAUAAAUAUUUUUUAGUGGUAAAUUUAGAUCUGAAGGCAAAAUUAUAAAAUGCAUAUCAAAUGUAUGUAAUGAGCAGUUGGACCCUUUAUAACUAUCAUUUGUAAAGAGCUAUUUAUCGUGACCCUCUCAGUUAACCUGCUCACGCAGAACUACCACAUGUUAAUUCACCCAUUUCAUAUUUAUUUCAUAUAAUUCUUAUAGAUUUCAGUAAAAUAAAGUGCACAGAUUAACAAGGCAAGGAUUUUCUUAAGACACCAUAAACACUUUUAGAUAUUUUCUUAAGAUAUGAUCAGUCCACUGAUUUGCCUGCAGAAUGAAAACUGAAUUAUUAAUCCACAAUGUCCUUCCAAUUUCCAGCUGAAACCAAUGAGGCCAGACAGAAAGAAGAAUGAGUUUAAAGCCUAAACUGUUUUAUUACCAUGAUGAUGAUGAUGAUGAUAGUAAUAAUAAUAAUAAUAAUAAUGCUUACAGUAAAUUUCAACGCAGUAUUUAUAAAUAAAAAUACAUCUGCUUCUUUGGCUCUGUGAUUUUUUUUCACAGACUGUAAUUAACAAUAAAAUUAGAAAUUUCUUAAACCUGAUAAACAAUACAACACAUUCAACAUUUAUUUUAUUCGGUUUUGGAAACUUUAUCAGAAAUAAUAAUAAUAAUAAUAAGUAAUGGGGAGUUAACCAGUUCAUGUGCACACUGAAUAAACAUCAUUGUUUUUAUUUAGAUUAUCACAGAGAUCACAGAUUCAGAUACCAAAAGUAAUGGGACAUAAAUGUUUACUUAGCUGCUAUUCUUUUAUUGAAGGAAGUUGCAUGGGUUAUUGUCGUUCAGAAAUUCACUGAGGCUGC